UUUUCCUCCCCGUUCCAGCACUGCGCAUCUCAUCGCAUUUUCCGGGUCGUGUUUUUCCGUCAAUCUCUCGAGCAGGGAGGGGGCCGCAAGCAGUGAAGCUAUCGGGGGUGCUCCAAAUUCAAAUCGAGUCGUAUUAAACGCGUUUCCCUUAAUUAUAGCCUAAUUAGAACCCGAUUAGGAAGUCAUAAGUGCCAAUGCAGUUGGAAAACCUCGUCCAAGAUUGAGUGAUCAACAACACAAUCGGUUUUUGAAUGGUGCCGAAGGGUUUUUAUCGCCAUUUUCUCUCGCGAGGACUCUUUACUCGAUUAUUCUGUCGAUAAAUGGUGAUUUGGGACCGAAUUGAAAAACAAAACUAGUGGACUGGAAAGUGAGGUGAAUAGAUGAGGUUUUUUUGACAGCGGGACAUGAAAUGAUGGUCCCUGACUGAAAUUAUCGAUUGAAGCGUGUACUACUACUACGUCUACGCUGGUUCUUUACUGAAUUUCGGGGAAAAUGCAUCGGUUCCGGUUUGCUAUAAGGCACAGAAAGUUUCUCGACAAAAUAUUCAAGAAUAGGUGAUUAUGAAUGUAUCUAGGGCGACAUCCCAGAGCUGAUCUGGUAUGCAGUGGCGGAAAUUGGCACGCUCUAAGAUCUCCUCCGGUCGGUCACGCACGCGCAACAUGCUCUGCUGUGGCCGCAGAAAGGAUAAUGGGCGAGAGGCUUUGGAUCUCACGGCAUCUCCCUUGCGAGCCCCUCCGGCGCCCAACUCGAGGAACACCCAUCCGCCGCCGAUGGUUAUACAGGGGGAUUUCAGAAAGGUAUCGGGAAUCAGCAGCGAAAUUUUCAAACAGAUAGAAACAGUAGAAAACGACCAUGAUGCGUCAACUGCAGCCGCAUUAGAGCACGUGGAAAAACGCGGGGAGAUGAUUGUGAGGAUCCUGGAGGCUCGGCAUCUUGGCAGGACUGCCAGUGAAGCAGCGAAAAGGUUCACGUCCAUGCAAGAUGCUAAGCAAACGGUCCAAUUCGUUGAGAUAGUGAAGAGGCCUGGCCAGACUUUGGGCUUGUACAUAAGAGAAGGAAACGGGAUCGAUAGAAACGACGGCGUCUUCAUAUCCAGGAUAGCGCUGGAAUCAGCGGUAUACAACAGCGGGUGUUUGAAGGUUGGCGACGAAAUCCUAGCAGUUAACCUGGUGGACGUGACGCGAAUGAGCCUUGACGACGUCGUCAUCAUAAUGUCGAUCCCCAGAAGACUGGUGCUGGCGACGAGGCAGAGGAAGGGCAGCAAGGGCGGACAGGGCUCCCCUAGCGUGCAGCCCCGAUCAGAACACAAACCCCCUCCCGUGGUUGUCAUCAAGAGGGAUCUGAGGGAGGACGAGACCGAUGAAGGAGACCUUGGAGGUGAUCACAGAGAACCUAUGAGGCAAAGACACACCGGCGACGGUAGAGAAAUGUCCGAGUCCCGUUCCCGGCUCGGACUGGGCCUCUCCAGUUUAGAUUCUCGCCACUCCUCCGGAUCGCAGCAGCAGGCCGACAGCAACGGCCUCGAUCUGUACUAUAACAGCCGCCCGCCCGACAGCAACUGGGGCUACCAGCCGCCGCCCCCUGUCAUCACGGAGCAGCCCAAGUCGAGCAUGCAGCACUUCCAACCCUACGAGAGGAACUACCCGAACACUUUGGAGAGUCUGGCUGAAAAAGUACACUCGUUCGGAAUGAGCAGUAGGAGAAUGUCUGCCGGUGGGCAGCCGCUGACUUCCAGCAGAAUAUCUUCCCAGCAAAGUCCAUCCUCCCACUACUACGUCCAACAUUCAGGUACAGGAAGUCGUAGAAUAAUGCCCAGAUCUGGGUCCGACCAGCAUCUUCCCCAAACGGAAUAUUCUGAUUACACCAGUAUCACCCAGGCUGGGCGGCACAGCUUGCUGCGCAGUAGUCUCAAAUCGGGAUCAACUAUGAGCAGAUAUAACCAAAGAUUCGUGGAUCAAGCCGCAGUCGCAGCUCAACUAGCUCAAGCUAAGUAUGGUACUACUGGUACUCAGUACGGAACUUCUGGUACUAUGCGGAGAAACAGAGGUAGCCUGGAUUAUUCCAGCGACACCGAAGCAACCAGUGGAUCCCGAAGUGGUUAUUAUUACUAUAGGAAUCAAGGCGCAUCGGCGGUCCCUCAUAGCACAAUUCCCACUUUGGGACGUCAAAAUUCCAUGACAGCCACAGACAUCACAACCAAAUUCAACUCGCUGCCGCGUGAUUCCAGAGGAUCGACGAGAUUGCCGAUGAAUAAAAGAUUCGGAGAUAGAAGCGUAUCCCUGCUGCAAGACGAAUCGGACGGAGCACUUUCAGCUCCCGAAAUGCCUUCUUCGAUCCGAAGAGAGCGCGAUGAAUACAGGCAGUGGCUGAGCAGAACACCAUCAACGUCGGCCAUAUACGAACAAAUCCGGGCUUCAAGAGACGUUCUGAAUCAACAACGAGCAGCCAGAUUUACAUACAGCGCUGAGAAUAUUCACGAUGCUUUGAAAAAUAUGGAAAGUGGAUUAUAUAGCGGAUACGGACGUCCAGGAACAACAUCAACUCUGGACAGGCACUUCACGAGAUCACAACAACCCAGCAUCCCUGCAAGAUCUUUGUCGACGCAACAUAUCACAGCAUCAGCUCUGAGUAGUUCGAGAUCGCCUUCGAUGCGUCGGAUGAGACAGCUCCUCGACCUAGAUUCCGUCAGAACCGGAGCCCCAAGUCCCGUUCCAACCCCUAGCGGCACCCUGCCGAGGGGGCAGAGGCAGCUCGACAUCAACCCCGCCGAAUUUCUCAAAUACAAACUCGACAAGCCGGGGAUGGUGGCCGGAACGUCGAUAACAGGUCUUUCCCAGUUGGCCACGGGCACGGGUACACUAGCGUCUUCGUCAGAUGAGCCUGUCAGCGGUAUGCUCUGGGUUCACCUUCUCGCUGGAAGAGGAUUGCGAACUUCUGCCGGUACUUCGGCAGCAACAACGCCUGUCACACCAAGCGGGGCAUCUCCUAGUAUUACAGGGUCUGCUGUCGUGAGAGACCUCUACUGUGUUUUGGAAUGCGAUAGAGUGCAUAAAGCACGCACUGUUGUGAGAACCGGUGAUCUGGUAUUCGAUUGGGACGAGAGCUUCGAACUUGACCUGGUGAACAACAGGGAACUGGAUCUUUUGAUUUACUCUUGGGAUCCCCAGUACAGACACAAACUGUGCUACAAGGGCUCCGUCUAUUUACCUACGCUGCUCAAGUCUGGUCCUAUACACCAAUUGGCUCUCAAAAUUGAGCCCAGAGGCACACUUUAUUUGAGACUGAAACACACCGAAUCCCAGACACUCUACAGAAGAAGAAUGCUCUCUACUCUCACCUUGUCUAGGACCACUCCUCUUUUCGGAGUUGAUUUGGAGACUGUGGUGAACCGAGAAUGUAAGACUGGUGGUGUUCCUGGAGGACUCGCGACAGGUUUAGUAGCGAGUCCCCAACACAGUAUUCCUAUUAUAGUAAAGCGAUGUGUCGAAGAAGUGGAAAGAAGAGGUCUGGAUAUCAUUGGUGUGUAUAUUUUUGAUAGCAAUAUGCGGAGUUGGAGUCCUAAUCCUCCUUUUCUAGGUCUGUAUCGAUUAUGCGGAUCCGCAACCAAGAAACGGAUCCUCAGAGAAGCUUUUGAACGCAACAGCCGAUCUGUUGAUCUCAGCCCUGACAACGUGCCGGACAUUAACGUUAUCACCGGCGUCCUCAAGGACUAUUUGAGGGAACUACCGGAGCCCCUAUUUACGAAAUGUCUCUACCAGAUGAUGGUCGACGCCCUAGGCGUGUGCUUGCCGGACGAUCCAGAAGGCAACGCUAAACUCAUGUUCUCCAUAUUGGAUUGUUUGCCGAGAAUCAACAGGGCUACCCUCAUUUUCCUCAUGGACCAUUUGGCCCUCGUCGUUUCGGCUUCGGAUCGCAACAAAAUGUCAGCCCAGAAUUUGGCGACAGCUCUAGCUCCGCCCCUCAUGCUUCAAACAAGCGACUCGAUAACUCCCACCGCAGCCUCGAAACCCCACCAUGAAAUAGAUUAUCAGCAACCGAUUAGCGUUCUCAAGUACUUACUUCAAAUUUGGCCAACGCCCAAACACCAUCACUCAGGUCGUCGCGGCAGGCCAGCCGGGCCGCGUGGAGACAGUCGCAGUGCGUGUCCUCAGGGGGCUCAGCAGCAGCGCAACGAGCCAUCUCGGCUCUCAGCGGCUCCGUUUCCUCCUCCUCCUCGCUCAGCAGUCUCGGGCCCGCGAGGCCCACAGCCACAGGUCCCAUCACACCAGAUACUAGGCCAAUCAUCAGCAAGCAAAGGUCCCUACCGUCCGCUGUCUCCUCGGGUCGGACCCCCGGCGGCAUCCUCGUCGGCAGGAGCUCUGCGGCCGCGCCAAGUGAUAGUCUGUUCGCCAGGCUCACCAAGCAGCAGUAGCGACUCCCAAUCGGGCUCAGAAUCCGUUAAACACUGCCUGCCCAGCCGCGUCAGUUCUCCCGCCAUCCGCGCUUCCCCCUCCUCGCAGACGAUGCUGCGGUCCUCGCAGUCUAUCACGAUCAGCUCGCCGGCCAUGAGGCACUCGCCUUCCGUCACCAGCGUCGCUUCUCCCGGCCCAAGGAACUCGCCCUCCGUCACCAGUCUGAGCAGGGCAUCGCCUUCACUGCUAGGCCAAGCUUCCAGGUCCAGUUCGCCAGCGAUGCAGGCCAGCUCAGCGGGCCUGAACGUUACCCUCGGAGGUACCAGCCCCUCAUUCGCAGCUCUGACUGGCUUGCAGAGUACGACCGCGACGACGAGUUACGGCUGGAGCUUCUCUCAGCAGCCCAGUUAUUCCCAAGCAGCAAGCUACUCUCAGCCAUCCAGCUAUUCCCAAUCGUCUAGCUAUUCGCAGUCAUCCAGCUAUUCUCAGCCGCCUAGUUACUCCCAACCGAGCAGCUAUUCUCAACCUUCUAGCUACUCUCAGGCCGGAAGCUACUCUCAACCCGCCAGCUACGCUCAGGCUCCAACCUACGCUAGCACGAAUCCGUUUUUGACAGGAGCUUACAUGAGCUACACGCCCGGAGAGAUGAAUUACUCGGACAAGUUCAACACCAUCGGCCCGACGAAGGAAGUGAAGUCGUUUUUUGACUCGUACACCAGCGACACGUCGAAAUACGCGACGAUGAACAGCAAAUCUAUUUCCUACGACCCUGAUUUGAUUUACGCUUCUUCAGAGGGCAAGACUAAUGGCAUCGGAGGUCGCUACCUGGGUACCAGCUAUUCUCCGGACAUGAAGUACAGUCCAGGAAAGAAUAGCAGCUAUGAUACUAGUCCUAACGUGACGCAAUCGGGCAGUAGUUCAACGUCCGGACUGUUGAACGUCGAAGAGACCCCCACCCCAACUAGCAGUAUCGAGACGGAGGACAGCAACACUAGGGAGGUGGGCGAGAAGGACGUGGAAGGGGAUGGAGAGCAGAGCGACUGAAUUCGCGGCAAGGGCACAACCGAAUCACUUCUUUAUUGUGGCAGCACAAUUAAAAGACAACACUUAGGGUAUUUAUAUAUGUAGAUCAUCGCCCAUUAUCGAUGUAAAUGUACCAUUUUGACUCGCAUCAUCGUGAAUGGCUACUAUACGAAAUGAGAUAUGUCUUAGUUAUCUUUUACAUAAACAUUGAUGUAUUCGCUUGCUAGAAAUCAAACUGAAUCAAUAGAAUCAUUGUUAACUAAUAUUUAAAUUAUAUAAUUUAGUUGGUAGCUAAAUGAAUAUUAUAUGAGAGAUAGGUCAAAUAUCUAAAUGGAACUUUAGAGAAUAAUUGUUGCGUGUUUGCACAAUUUGUUUGGUUUUUCUUCGGUUGUUCAGAGUGCCGCAAAAUUGUGCUGAGAUAGUGUUCUUCAAAAAAUUUCUGACUAUUAGUAAUGUUCUAUUUCCAAGCGUCGUUGUUCCUGAGGGGGAUUCACUUAUGCAGGAUCUAUGGAACAUAUAACCGCAAUGUUAGUACAUGCAUCAAGUCAAUGAAUUCUCAUUGAUGGGACUUUUCACAUCAACGUAUAAGUAUCCAUUCAAAGCAACCAGAAUUCCUUGAAGCAGACAAUCAAGAUAAUUCAAUCGAUUAACCAUUAUUUGUUCAUGUUUUUUUCCUUCAAUCUUACAUUUAUAACAGGAGGAUUCGAAAUCAAUUCGAAGCCCAAUUCAUGCAAUUUUGCCAUCGUUUUC